CAGCUUGCGUCACAGCGUUCGUUGAAAAGAACCGAAGGAAGUUGGGCUAUUCUCUAUUAGCAAUAUUGUGUUGUAUUUCUUCCUAGUUACGGCUCCGUAGCUUUGUACUCGGAUUAUGUAGAACACUGGAUAAGGUGCGCAUUUUUGCAUUGGUUCGAUGAGUGGUUUAGCCACAAAAGGUAAAGAUCUUUUCAUGUUUGCAUGUUGUAAGUUGCGAAGGAUUUAAACGGCGCGAGAUUUUUAUCCGUGAAUUUGCAGCGAUCGCAAUGGAUACGGCUCCAUUAAGGAUAUUGCCGAUAUUUGCUAAAGCAUUUUAUGUUUUUUAUUUCAAUUCAGGGCAAAGGCUAACUGUGUGUGCGUAAUUUUUUUAUCGCCAUUUGUGACUUCGCUUCACCGAUCGAUGCUAUAACUACAGAGAUCGUUAGCUCCUGGUAGUAAGUGACAUCUUCGCAAAUGGAUAAAUUUGAAAAAUUGGGAAAGAUCGGCGAAGGAUCAUAUGGCGUUGUGUUUAAAUGCAGAAAUAAAGAAACAGGGGAAAUUGUUGCCAUCAAGAAGUUUGUGGAAUCGGAAGACGAUCCGCUGAUAAAGAAGAUUGCAAUGAGAGAAGUACGCAUGUUGAAGGUCAGUUUAGAUUACUACCUGCUUUCGCGAUGUGGUCGUGAACUCUCAAAAAUUUCUCAUCAAAGUUUGAAAUUCAUAGCAUUUAAUGCAUAGUUCGGUCUGUAAGUAACCUGCAAUAAAUUUUAAAGUCCUUCAACGAGGGUGGAAUGUUAAUCUGACUGCAAAUCCCAAUUGAUGCUAGUCGGGCCUAUCUUCGUUGAUUUCGCCAGGGUUAAUAGGAGUCGGUUUCCUUGCGCAAGGAUUUUUGUUCCUGCGGGCUGUUUGAUAUAGGAGAGGUUGUAACUGAUAAUUUGACCAUUUUUGCAAAUGAUAAGCCUCAAAAUUUGUAAGGUAUUGGUAAAAUAUACAUUUAACGACCAGAGAAAUAACGACAAUCUGAUAAUCCGUUUACUAUAGUCCAGAACCAAACCACGAGAUUAAGCACGUAUCAAUUGUGUAUGGAAACAAGAGGUUAUUCUUGCAAGGGAAAUGUUCUGUGGACUAUUUAAAAAAAAACAAGGAAACAUUAGGGGAUUAAAAUUUUUGUCUAAUGGAAAUUAGUGAUGGUUUGUUUUGUGAGAUGAUUAUUAAAAGAGCAAAAAGUGGGGCAGUAUAUGUACUAGGAGAAGUCCAUAAAUAUAGAUUAUACUGCAACAACACAUCCGAUGUUCAGGAGUGCAAAUGUUUUAGGAUAUAAGAGUCAUAUUCUGUACAUCAUCAGUUCUGAAUUUACCACCAUAGUGGUAGGUGGCAGCUGGGCCUUCAUCAGGGUACCUUCACCAAAAUAAUACUUUACAUGAUCAUCAAUUGGUUGUUGAAUCUCAACUGAGAGACAAAUGCACCCCAGUUGGAAUUUUAUUCUCAGACAGUUACAAAGUGUAGAUAACUAAGACUGAUCUCUACCAGAUUGUGUUUACAAUUUUUAUCCAUGGCACUGAUAAUUUUAAGAGGAAAUUUAAGAAAACUCCUUUUUGUUUUUCUUUUUUUGUAUUUAAGCAUUUAGAGGAGUGAUUUUUUUUGUGGGAAUAUGGAAAGGGAAAUAACAAGAAAUCCCAAUUUAGAUCACAGUGGCUCCUACUUUAUAAAACCUAGACUACAAGUGGUCCCUCUUUUUCAGCAAAGUCCAUUGUUUGAGUCAAGAAUAGUCGCUGGAAAAGCACUGAUAUUAGCAAUCAAACUUCUUAGGUUCUUGGAUUACACAAUUUUUUUUUUGUCUGAUGAAGUUAUACUGAAGCAGAUGAUACAACAGAUGACAAUGAAUUUGAAUAUUAUUACCCACAUGUGUAACAGUUGUGUAUACCAUACACUUGUGUAUUUUAGCAGCUAGCAAUUUUAAAAUGGUACUACAAAUUGUGGCAAAUAUCAGUCCCUCAUACACUAUUUCUUUCAUUGGAGGGUCAUUUUUCACAAAUGUGUCAACAAACUACUGUAUGCUAAUCACUCCCAAAUCAAGCAUAUAAAAUUUUAGCCACAGAGAAAAGUCAAUUGAAAGGGUUUUGAAUAAGCCCAAAUAGUUAAUGUUGUUGUUUGCAGGUGUAUUUCCUUGGGGUAGCUCACUCAGUGGUAUUUGUAUAUUGCUUCAGAAAUGUUGGAUUGUAACCCUACUCUCAGUUUUUCAAUUUUCUGUAAUUUGGCAUAAAAUGAAGUAGCCACCGCCAAAGACCAAAAUGAAAUUUAGAUGGAUGCAGCAAUUAAUUAUAGAUAAUUUUAUUUAUCUGUCAACUUUGAAUAAGAGGAAUGGCUGUUUGGACAAACAGCUGUCACUUAUUUUCAAUUAUUUGCAUGAUGAUAGACUCUAACAAAAGGAUCUAGAACUUUCCUUUCAUUAUCUUUUAAUUAUUGGGGAGUGAAUUUUUUUAAGACCAGACAUUAAGAAACUAAUAGGAAAAGUUGCACUUGUCAUCAAACACUAAUAUGGUUCACCCUCUUAGCUCUGAGCUACUUAGUACAAGCUAGCACAGUGAAAUGAACAGUUCCUCAUGAAAGUGUUGCUCAGUCACCUUCAUUUUAAUACCUUAAACUGCUGAUUAUAAUCCUUGCCUCCCUCCCCCUCCCAAGCAAUAAGCCCAAGCACCUGUAAGUUCCUGUCUAGCUUUUCUCAUUUUGAGAGAUAGGUCCUCUGCUGUGAAUCAGUUGGAGCUUUUUUUAACUGAAGGGAAAAGUCAAAACUUUGUUUUGUUCCUUUUUUUUUUUUUGUGUUAAUUUUGAUUCUGUUCCAAAUGUAUUGAAAUAAAUUCAACUUUUCACAACAUUGUGAGGCCUACUAUAAUUGAAAACCAGUGAAUGCAAAACAUAUUUGAUUGGCACCCGUAUAGCUCAUUUGGAAGCCCCUUUUCUGUUCUCAUGAUAACCCCCCUUGGAUAUAGGCCCCUCCAUUUAUAAGCCCUCCUAAAACCCUUUAUGGAGUUCUAUAGGCCCUGGUUUUAUAAGCAGCAAUUUACAAUUGUCACAAACCUGAGUUUCACUCACAGACUUAAAACUUUGAACCACCUUUUACGACAUAAUAAACACCUACCAUUAUGAAGGUACUCUUCCAGAAAUAAAGGUUAAGGCUAAUUUAGGCUCAUUUACAUGACCUUCAUUUGGUGCUACAUGCAUUCAUGAAAUUAAAACUUUUCAGCUGGAAUGAGAUUACAGUUUUCAAUGGCUAGGUUUUCAGAAUCAAACCCGAGCUGGCAGCUAGAGGUAGAACAGGGGUUUUCAGUGUCAUAAGAGGUGAACUGUGUUAGUGGAGCAUUCUCUAACAUCUACCCAAAGUCCUAAAUAAUUCAGCCAAGUUAUUUUUAGUUUUCUUCAGUAACUGAAGAUUCUUUUAAGAUUACUGUUUUCAAAGCUGGGUUUGUCUAUUGGGCAGAGGGUCAAAUAAUAUUAUAUUUUCAUGUCACUUCCUAGUCUUUCAAUUUCUUUCUGCCUUUGAUAAACAGAUCUAACUUUGGUUUUUUCUUUCUGCUCUACAGACACUUAAACACCACAAUCUAGUAAACCUGCGGGAUGUUUUCAGAAGAAAACACAAGAUUCAUAUGGUGUUUGAAUAUUGUGAUCACACAGUUCUAAAUGAGUUAGAAGCUCAUCCAAGAGGGUAUGGAAUUUAUUUGUACUAAUUGCACCAGCUCAAUGUCCAGUCAUGUAUGUUGAAAACAGUGAAUACCUAAAUGCAUGGAUGAUAUUAAAAGUUUCUUGUACAUGUCUUUUACACCUCAAUGUGUUUCGUUGCAGCAGCAAAUGUUUAAUUUUGGUUUUCAUUAAUAUUUAUGACCCUACACAAGCCACCAAUAGUUAUGAUAUGUUAUUAUAAUUUUUAGUUUCUGUAUAGUAGAAUUGACGAAUGUCUCUAAGAAUCAGAAGUUGUGGCCAAGGUUUAACCCUUUAACUCCCAUGAUCUAAUAAUUCAUUCUCCCCUCUGGCUGCUUCACAUUUCCGUGUAUAUUUGUUCGAGAAUUUGGUUUUAGAUCAAGAUAACUUUUAUCUGAUAAGUUUGAGUAUUCUCAUUACCUGUAUGCUAGAUAUUGUAAGGGUAUUAUAGGAAGAAGUUGCAUGUUAAUCACUUCUGGGAGUUAACGGGUUAAACAUCUGAGUUUGUUCAUAAUUAUGUACAUUGUACUUACAUGUAGCCAUAAACGCAGUUUGAUUUUACUCAUUUACCCUUUACAGUCGCAUUGAUGUACUUGGAUGUAUUGGUGCAAGGGUAAAAGUUACUUUCUAUCAAAAAUUUUGUAAUAGCUGCAACUAAUCUGAGUUAAAUUUUUUUAAAGUUGUUUUCCUUUAUUUUUUCUUCUCUCUCAGUGUUGAUGAAAAGCUUGUCAAAAGGAUCACUUAUCAGACACUUCAAGCUGUCAGCUUUUGUCAUUCACACAAUGUAAGUUAAUUGAUCAUUUAACUUCCAAGAUCUGAUUGUUAAUUCUCCCCUGUAGCUGCUACACAUUUCCUUGUAAAUUAGUUAUGAGAACUUGGUGCUAGAUUAAGAUAGCAGCUUCUACCUGAUAAGUUUGAACAUUCUCAUAACUUGUUUGCUGAGUAAUGUAUAGAUAUUGCAGGGAGAAGUUUUAUUUUGAUCACUUCUAGAAGUUAAAGGGUUAACAGUACAUGGCAACCAGUAUCAGCCACGUAGUAUACAGACAAGAAGAACCAAAUCAUUAUUCUCUUUACAUUGUUUUCUUGAAAAUGCUGGAAAGAUUUUAGCAAUAGAUUAAAAGAGAAUUAUGUUUCUUUGCAGUGUAUUCACAGAGAUGUUAAACCAGAAAAUAUUCUCAUAACAAAAGAUGGGGUUAUAAAGCUGUGUGACUUUGGAUUUGCCAGAAUGUUAAGUAAGUUAUGAAAAAGUGUUAUACACUAGCAAUAUUCAGGUUAUAAUGACGUUAUUUUAUUACCUUGCACAUUGCGAUGUGCAGUACAAUAACUACAUGUAGUGCUGGGAGAUACAUGCAUAAUUUCAAUUCAGUGAUUCAGGAUCUUUGCUCGAGACUUCACCCGUCUUAUUGAUUACCAUAACUAGCCGUGCUUUCUUUCUUUCUUUUUGAAUAACACUCCUGUUAUCGUAUGGAUUAUGAGACUGCCUCUUCCUGCCUUGACCCAAAUUCAAGUUAUUUAGAAGAAUGAAAUGUUUUUCCCAAUCAGCCUGUAUAAGGUCUCUGUAGAGAAAACUUGUCAACUGCUUGAAGAGUGGGAAAACUUGGAAGAACAAGUUGAAAUUGGUUUUAAUUCUGCAUUUGAUUGGUUUACAAAGUGUGCAAGAUUUUUAGACCUAUUGUUGCCAGGAAAAUUAAUGCAAAACUAAGGUAAUCUUUUUUGUUCUUAUUUUGUAGCUAAAAAUGAUGAAUAUACAGACUAUGUUGCUACACGUUGGUACCGUGCUCCAGAGCUUCUGGUUGGUGAUGUUUAUUACAGCUUUCCAGUGGAUGUGUGGGCUAUUGGAUGUGUGUUUGCAGAGCUCAUUACUGGUCAGCCACUAUGGCCUGGGAGAUCUGAUCUAGAUCAGUUGUACUUGAUCAGAAAGACACUAGGUAUGUUUGCUAUCAAAUAAUGUUAUUUAUUAUCAGUUCUUUACCUUUUGUUUGUAAAAAUAGACAUAGAAAAAUUAUGCUCUUCUGAAUACAAGUAAGUAACACGAGUGCAAAGUUGUAAAACGAGUACAAAUUUCAAAUAGCACAUGUUGGCAAUUUUCAUCCGUUGUGACUGUCUGUGAUAUGUUGUUGAUGUAAAUUACUAACAAGUAACAAAAUGAUUUCACGUGCAAUUUGGUGUAAUAAGCAGUUGUAAAUUUUUAAAAGACUACAAAUAGUUUUAGCUCUGCUCGUGCUAACUUGUGUUUGAAAAAUUUACUCAUGCUUAUUAACACCAAAUUGCACUUGAACUCAUGUUGUUACCUAUACAAAUAAUUCAGUAUAUUUGGUCUAUCAAUUUUCCCUUUGGUAGAUACCGACAUGUAUUAUGGGAGAGUACCUUUUUUUAAAAUCCCAUGUUUCAUGUGUAUCCCCGUCAGGUGAUCUAACCGAGAAUCAAAAGAAGAUUUUCAAAGCAAAUCAGUUUUAUCGUGGAUUAGCUAUUCCAGAACCUCAAGAAACGGUAGGUGGAGUACUCAAACUUGGACGUAGUCACACAAGCCAAGGACUUUACUCUCUCUCUCUACCUCCAUGAAAAAAAGAAAUGCAGACAAUUUUUAGGAAAAUUAAGGCUUCCAUGUUGUGAUCAAUUCCUUAAUGACUAAGUUUACUGAGAUUCAAGGAGGUCAACUCUUCAGUAUGUGUUUGAAGAAACUGCUUGCUUCAUUUGUUUGCCUUUUUGGAGCUACAUGAUAAUUUAGUUUUACCAACUGAGUUGAUAGUGCAAAUUGGUCACCGUAAAGAGUUUCUAAACCUGACGUUUCGAGCCGCUGGCAAACACUCGAAACUUCAGCCUUAAGAGAUCUUUACUGUGGCCAAUUUACAUUAUCAACUCAGCUGGGAAAACCAAAUUAUCUAGUUAUUUCCCCCCCUUCAUCACCAACCGACGCAGCACCACAGUUGCAUCAGAAACUUAUUCCCUCUUUUUUUCCCAGAGUUAUUUUUCGUGUUGUUUUAACUCGUCCCCUUUUGUUUGUUGUUGUCUUUUCCCUCUUCAGGAUCCUUUAGAGUCUAAAUUCAAACAACCUCAAGCUUUGAGUUUUAUGAAGGUAGGGAAUGAAAAUAAUGAAAUGUUGUGACUGUGCUUUAGAACGCAAUUCUAUUGACUCGUCAUGCGGCUGCCUUGUACGUGUAUUAUCAAUCAAUAUCUAUUUUAGUCACGGAAGUCGCAUGGAAUCGCGUAGUAGUAGUGAUCGCAGUACGUCACACGAUCUAACAUGGAGGCGCGCACAAAAUGCCGAUUUUAACACAGCCGAUAUCUCUGUCGACUUUCUUUUACAAUAUAGACUCCUUUCUCAUUCAUUCCAAGAUUAUAUUUUACAAUUUAGCGACGGUUUGUGUCUAUAGUAGAAGUUUUGUACUAGUUUCUUUUUAUUUCAGUGUUGUUUUGCAAUGGAACCGAGCCUCAGAUAUUCCUGCGACCAACUCCAGAAGCACGAAUAUUUCAACGAUUACGAACCAAUGAAGGCGCCUCCUCCGGUCAAAACGAGAAAAACGCGGGUAAGAAGCAAAUCAAUGCCUAAAAAAAAAGAGCAAAGACAAAGUCAUCCCAGCGACCAAUCAGAACAAUGGUUUGCAUCAUCAUUAACCAAUGAGAACUCAAAGUAAAAACAAGCAAACUACUUGAAGCGCGGGAAAACGCGAAUGACCAAGUCGCGAUAGUUUUUAAUUUUGUAUCUGAUUGUUUGAGAAGAUGACGCGAGUUUAGCUGGACUAGUCACAGAGCAAAGUCGAGUAAAGCCAAACCAACGUCGGAUUUCUUUAGACGUUCAGAUGAAUUUUUUUCAGAUGAAAAUUGCUCCAAAGCUUGGCGUACUCUGAGAGUAAAGUUCCCCUCCUCAUUUGUAGGCGUCAAUUUAAGGCCAAGUGGCCAUCUUUUGAAUGAAGCUCUCUCUCUCUUAAACAGAAGCUCUCAAGUAUAUCGAAUUGGAAAGAUAGUUGAAAUGCUCCGCAUGACCAAAAGAAAACCGCAUCUUGUAACCUCGAUUGUGUCCUAUUAUAGUGCUAGCGUUCACUGGUCACAGGAAGACUAGCUUGCAGUUCUAAACAGUUGCAGAAUGAUUUCGGUAUAGCUCAUGCGGGUGAUACAAAUUACUCCAAGAGGCAUACCACAUACAUUGUAAGCAAUCUUAGUGGGAUUCUCAUGCUCCAUACUUUCAUCAUAUUUCAGCCACGAAAUAAACCUCAGCUGGAUAAUGACCCGCCAUCACAUCACUUACCCCAACUCGCUACUGACUCGCCCGCGCCAGACAGAACAGGUGAGUUAUCAACAUGUUUCUAUUUCAUACAACGCUAAUGUUAAUGUUGGCGUCCGAUGGAACACUGAGAUUGGCCAACCUGUACCAGGUCCCUUAGGGGACAAGCAUUUUGUGCGCCUUCGAUCUUUGUUGUUGUUGUGAGAGCGAGGUGCAGUGUCACGAAAAAACUUCAAAUUUGUUUCUGUAAUGAUUUUUUUGUUUCCUUUCCCGUGAGCAGUUUUGUAAGAACCUGUACCUUAACCAAACCGAACAACCAUUCCGUCUUGAACAAUCUUCGUCACUAUUAUUUCAUCGACUCGUAGAUUUAUACAUAAACAAUUGAAUUACAGUCUAUGCGUGAUCCUCAAAAUGGGCUUAGCCCUCACAAAUUUUCACGCGAUGUAACUCUCGAACACAAUCAAAUUGUGAAUUAGUUUCCGUAGCACUCCUUUUUCCGCCCUUUUUCUUGACGUGUUUGGCCGUAUUGAACCCGACAACUUAUUCAAAAUUCGGUUUUGCUUCCUCUUCAGACAAAGGCAAAGACAAAACGAAACUGAGCAAGUUGGACCACCUUCCUUCCAUCUAGCCAUCACAUUUUUUAACAGUAAUAUCAAUUAUUAUUAAUGACAAUAAAUAGUAAUGUAUUCAUAGUGUAUGUGUAGCAUACACUCAGGGUUUUUCGGGGCGUUUUUUAGCGGGGAAGAAGGGGGGAUGUAUCGAUGCAUAUGUUCCCCUUUGUUGACAAAAUAAAGGGGAGGGGGGAAAAUAGGUAAUUUACUGUAAUAACAUAAACUAGGAUUUUCUCGUAAACCCUUAAAACGCAAUUUCGGUUAAGUUUCCGCCGUUCUUGUUGAUGUCACUGAACGCUCUCUAAAGUAGACGCUUCUUUUCAGUGUUGCGCGAUAUCCUAAGGAACCGCUGUACAGGAGACUAAUUGCUUACUCGAAGGCAAUUUCUGAACGCAGUAUUUGCGCUAAUAUGUUACAUCAUACCUUUACUUGUUUCGCAGAUAUUAAGCUAUGGAAAUGACAUGCACACUGCAAAAUAUGUACGCGCGGUCGUUAAGGGCAAUUAAUAACGAAAUAUUUGAUGCUAUCAAGUCUUUUUCUCUGUAUUUAUAGCUAUGUUAAAUUAUUGGUAAGGGGUCUGUAACUAGGAUAAUGCCACCAAUGUGGUGCAGUUUAUCAAAAUUUUUGGGUAAGGAUCUGUACAAUGUAAGGGGUUGAACCUUAGGUCCAAUUUUCUGACUAUGCAUUUUCUUCCGAAUUUUUGUGAAAAACGGGCUCAGUUCUGUUUUUUGUUUUUUUGUUUUGGUGGUUUAUAGCCUUAAUUGAAUAUUAACUCAAUUCUGAGAACUUCCUGUUAGCUGAAACAUUUCAUAUGGAGCCGACAUGGAGAAUUUGUUCACCUAUCAAGAGUUUCUCUUGUUGGCGACCAUUUGUUUUUAAUCUCAUGAAAUAAAUGUUGGAUUCAGUAAUGAUACUGUAAAGAGAAAGUAGACGCCAAUCAGUCCUAUGGGUUAAAGGUUUUACAAGGAUUUUUUCAAAGAGGAAGAGGGUCGCAGUUAUGAAUUCUAUGAGCUUAUCAAGUGAUGUGACUCAUAUCAACCUCGUGUAUUAACGGGCUCUUAUCCACCUAGCCAGAAGGACUGGCCAAUAGAAUAACUAGCAUUAGUAUAUACCACAUAAGUGAAAAGUGCUUUUUGCGCACGCUGAUGAGCUAGUUCGGAGGUAAAUAUCAAGUAGUAUUCUCUUCCGAGCAGCCAAUGAGACAAAACCGCGCGUCAAAAGAUUAAUAAACGACCAUUCUACGGGAUAUUGGAAGAAAUAAACCAAUUUUUUUUUUUAAUAUCUGUGUGGUAUAUAUUAAAAACAGUUAUUAUAAAUGUUGACUAAGACACAAUUCAACCGUAAGGGUUUUUCGAAUUUGCGCGUUUUUAAUGUCAAAUUAUGAAAGGAACAAUGUAACGAGAACGGGGGAGUACGGGGUCAGUCUCAUACUCAGAUCGUUCGAGGCCAAGCGGUUGUACAAUUCAGUUACAUUGACACGGUAGGACUGGGUAUGAGGGUUAGUACCGGAAAAACCCCGGAUUGUUAAGCACGGGUGUUACUCAAGAGUUUCAAAAACGUCCUUUAUUACACGAGUAUUUCUUUAUAAAUAUUCCGAGGGAAUAAAUAUCUAGUUCAACAAAAUAUUAAUUUUGGCAUGUUAUAACCAGGGCAUUCACCAUUGUCUGGGAUAACACAGAUAUACAGAAUACAGAUAUCUUUAUGCUUUUCCAAGGG